UGUGAAAAACUAGAGAAGAAUAAAAAGAAGUUGAAACAACAAGUAGGAAACCUGAAGAGUCAUGUAGAAGCCAAUAUGGCAGAAUACAGUAGAACAGAACAAUAUAAACAGGACCUGGACGAAACGGCGUGGCUGGAUAUGGCAGAAAAAUUAAGAGAAGUCAAUCUGUUCUUACAGGCACAAAUAGCAUCUCAAGAAAGCUUAGGACAGUUAAGAGACAGUAAUAAUGCUUUAAUAAAUAGUCAGAUGGAACUCAGAAUGAAAGAUCUGGAAUUUGAACUAUUCAAAAUGAAAAGUUCUCAAGAACAUUCUAAUAAAACAGAAUUGGAAAAGUGCAAGCAACCGUACGUAGAAGAAGUAAAAGAUCGAACGUCAUUGAAAAAUGAACUGAAGAGGUAAUUUAAAACAGAAUCAUAGAAAAUAGAUGUAGCUUAUUAAUUUGCCUCUAAAGCAUAAUUUUUAUGGAGCCAGGUUCAUGAGAUGAGUAUAAGUGAAAGUCAACUGGAUAGUGUAAUUUUGGAAAAUGAUGUUUAUAAAUGAACUUUGAGAUGUUAGGCCAAGACAGUUUGCAUCGCUCCUCCUUUUUUAGUUUUACAUGAUUUUAUUUUUUUCCCCUCAGUAUUUUCAGUUAAUCUGAUGUCCUAGUGUUUAAGCUAAUUGUU